AUGGAUACUCUACUUGCAGAGAGUUCGAUUGAUCCAAGCCUGAAUCAGGUACGUGAGACGAAUUGGAUUACCAAGUUAUUCAAAUGGAGGCUUCAUUUAGAGAAGAUAAAAAAGGUGAAGCCGAAGGCAUUAAUUUAUUGGCUUUACUCCGUGUCAUAUUUCAUUGUUUUAGGCAUAACAUCUGUGCUAUGCUCGGCUAUUCCUGUUGAUCUUAUUAUUCAGUCAUUUCAGACAUCAUCCCGAAUUGCUAUAAAUACUUUGAUAAUUAUUGGUGCAUGUGCUUUAUUCGUGUUAUCAGCUUUUGUCCUUUAUCUUGUGCGUGUUUUAAUUAAUAGAGCACAUCUCCAGGACAUCCCAAGAAUAUAUAUACCUGUUUCUUCUGCUGACAUAACGGAGCCAGUAUCGGAUUACAUUCAUGAAGAGCUUAUUAGAUGCCAACGGAUAAGUAAAACAGCCGGCCCCAAAGGCAUCAUAUUUCACGAUGGUAUGUACCAUGAACAAAAGGGAACGUCAUCCAAGAUGACAGUUUUACCUAAUGAUUUGGUGUAUGAUAAUGUCGUUUGUGAUAUAGGCCAAGAGGUGAAAUACAGGGGCAAAAUACAAUUAAACGAUAGCCGAUUCAUCGAACCAAAGAAUAAAUGUACACUCAAGGAACUCAUUCUCGAUGAAUACGAUGAGAUGACAGAUAAACUUAAUGACUAUGAGCUUACCACAAUGAAAGAUAUGGUGGGCCUUUAUGAAAAGCUACGUUUUUCUGGUAAGCCUAUAACGCACCAUGAAUUUGAGAGGUUUCUUAGACUAUGGAGUCAGGUUGAAAAGACUUUGGUUAACGAAAAGUAA